CCGUCGGAGCUUGAUUAGCGGCACCUGGUGGUUCCGGUGCCGCGCUGGCCGUCCAUUCCGGGAGAUGCGGUGACGGGGCCUCGUCUGGGCUUUGCGGGCUGCCGUCAUGGCUAACGUGUAUUCCCUGGACGGGCUGUUGGUCUUCGGCUUGCUCUUCGUGUGUACCUGCGCCUACUUCCGGAAGGUACCUCGGCUGAAAACCUGGCUGCUCUCGGAGAAGAGAGGGGUCUGGGGGGUGUUCUACAAAGCGGCAGUGAUUGGAACCAGACUCCAUGCAGCAGUGGCAAUAUCCUGUAUUGUUAUGGCUUUUUAUGUUCUCUUUAUAAAAUGAAUCCCAGCACCUCAGAUGGACAGUGUUUGAACAAAGAUGCUAAAGAAAGCAUAUUUCUUUUGCUUCAGAGGACAAUAUCUCUUAGUGGAUUUCACACAGAACCCUGCACAGAUGUCAAGAGGAAAUUCUCCUAUGACCAAGCAUUGUUUGAGACCAAGGGGGUCGCUUUUGUAAUAGCAGCCAUCCUCUGUGCUUCUAGUAGAGCUUGAACGUAAUCAACUAUUGUUUUUAUGUGCAGAUUUUUAAAAUCCAUAUUAUAGUCUGCACAAUGAAAACAUCACAAGUUUUGUGGCAAAUAGGAAUGGAUAAUGCUUUUCCAAAGUUUGACACAGUGUGGAAGGGGAAAGGGUUUUCAUUCCUGGUGUUUUAAAGGGAAUUUCUCCAAGUCCCCAAAAAUGUAGUAAUGAACAGCAAGGGAGGGGCGAUUUCCUUUCAUUAACUCUUCUCUUUGAUUAAUGCACUUUUAAGAUUGGGGGCUACAUUAUCAUAAAAAUGAGUGACUGAAUAUGAUAAGAUAGCUAGUGGAAGAGUAAAAUCCUCACACAGUUCAGAGAAUUGAUUAUGUGCUCCUUACUCUUCAUGGGGAAAAGUCUGAAUCACAAAGGAAACAAAAUGUUGUUUGGUGAUAUAUUCACAUCUCCCUUGGAGUAAUUAAAUCUUACCACCUCUUACAAAUGUCUAAGAGUAGAUGAAAUGCUGCAUGUUCUGUACUGCUUAGCUCAUAAGUAAGACUUGCAAACAAUCCAAACAUAGCCACAGUUUUUGGAUGUGAAUGUGUAGGAGAAAGCAAUGAGGACAUACGCUGUUACAUAAGUUAAUAGAUGUUCAAAUGUUUAAGUCACAUUUAAAGAUCAUAACUUGUAUAUUUUGGAAAGUGUACAGACUUUAAAGGUAAAGAUUUA